GAUAGACCAUAAUUCCCUCAAAUCGACAUUUUUGCAUAGACAGUUCAUGUGAUUUGUUUUCUAGAAAUCCAAUUAAGGAGCACGAAAGUUCUCAGUAAAUGUGUGCUGGCGAUUUUUUGUGUAACUAGGAUGAUUGUAAAUCCCGAAAUAUUGCAGAAUGCAGUUUUUAGAUUUAGUUUAUUCCAUUUAUUGAUUAUGUAAUUUAUGUUAAGAUGGAUAACAAUGAGUAGCAAUGAACUCAGAAAAAUAGCGAGAGUGCAGAUAUUGUGGUGGUUGUGUAUAUUUAGAAUGGAUAAAUCAUUAAACUUAUCAUCUCUAACAUCCAAUGUUCCUGCAUCCUUACAAACUCCUCCUGGUGAUCCUGAAUUUGUAAAACUUCCAGCAAAGCACAGAUGUUUGAUAUGUCACAAUGUGAUGAGAGAUGCUGUGAUGACACUUUGUGGGCAUCGUAUGUGUGAGGGUUGUCUUACUCCUCUAUUGUUUGAUCCUCAGAAUAAAGAACCUCUACACUGUCCUGGAAAAGAGGAAUUUUGUAUAGAACUCAAACCUGAUGAGAUACAUGGAGAUAAUGGAACAAGAAGAGAAAUAAGAAAAUUACUUGUGUAUUGUACAUAUAAAGCUUACGGAUGUCCAGAAAAGUUACCAUGGAAAGAUUUAAUGACACAUGGAUCACAGUGUAAGUAUAAACCUAUAACAUGUACACACAAUGGAUGUGAAGUAAAGUGUUGUGAAGAUAAAAUGGAAACUCAUAUUAAAAACUGUGACUUCAGACCUGUCAGAUGUAGUUACUGUGAAGAAACUGUCCCAUUCAGUCUACAAGCAGAUCAUCAAGAAAAGACUUGUAGAAAAGUUAUAGUACCUUGUCCAUAUAAAUGUGACCAUCAACCAGGGCCAAGGGAAGAGAUAGAAAUUCAUAUGCAGACAUGCCAGUUAAGACCACAAGAGUGUAAAUUCAAAUCUAUGGGAUGUCAAUUUGUGGGAUCAGAAAGGGACAUGCAAAAACACAAUAAGGAUGCUGCAGAUGAACAUUUACAGAUGAUAACAAUGUAUACAGCUAGUAUGGAUCUACAGAGUAUGGAGAUGAGGCGAGAACUUCAGGACAUAUCAGCUGAAAGAGAUACUUUCCAGCAUAUUAUGGAAAGUAUACAAAGAGACAGUUCUAUGUUGAAAGAUCUGGUGGAGAGUAUAAAAGUUGGACAGAAAGAACUAAAGUUAAAAAUUGUUGAAAAGACAGAAAGAAUAAUUCACCUAGAGAAAAAAGUAGAUGACUCAGCAAAGAAGGAAGUAGUAGAUAAACUUGGAAGAGAUGUACAGUCAGUGAAGGAUAGACAAAGCUCAUUGGCAGAAAGAGUUAAUCAGAUAGAAAGAAGUGGAUUUACUGGUGGAGGUACUGGUAGUCAACAAAAUUUACAGGAGACUACAGGUCCACUGGUUACUCAGAUACAACAACAUGAUAGACAGCUUGGCUUACAAGACAUCAGAUUAGCAGAACUAGAUCUCAGAUUCCAGGUUUUGGAAACUGCCAGCUACAGUGGAAUACUGAUGUGGAAAAUAAGGGAUUACUCAAGACGUAAACAGGAAGCUAUUUCUGGUCGCACUGUAUCUCUGUACAGUCAACCAUUUUACACCAGUAGGUUUGGCUACAAAAUGUGUGCCAGGUUAUAUUUAAAUGGAGAUGGGAUGGGAAAAGGAACACACCUAUCUCUUUUCUUUGUAGUGAUGAGAGGUGAAUAUGAUGCAUUGUUACCAUGGCCCUUCCAACAAAAAGUCACCUUAUUGCUACUGGAUCAGGACGCUGGAGCUCGUCAUGUCUCUGAUACCUUCAGACCAGAUCCUACCAGUACCAGUUUCAAAAGACCUACAUCAGACAUGAAUAUAGCAUCUGGUUGUCCAUUAUUUGUCUCUCAUGCUGUCUUAGAAACAAGAACAUACCUGAAGGAUGAUACCAUCUUCAUUAAAGUCAUUGUGGAUAAUGAUGGUAUAAAUGCUCAAGGUUGAAUGUAAAAUGCUUCAUAUAUCCACCUCUUCUGGACCUGGCACUGACAUUUAAAAAUGUUUUUGUAAGGCCACACCAAUUUGAUUAAAAGUUCUUUGGAUUUUCCCGCUCCUGUUUUGGAGAAAUUGACUUUUCAAUAAAAAAAAAUGAUUACCGCUUCCGCCAAUUUUUGGGCCGCAUGCCGCUCCAAAAUUAGUUUAUCCUUGACAUUUUUUUUUCUCUUAGACGUUUUUCUCGUGCAUAUAUUGCUCCGAGCGAUUCAAACGCACGUGUGAUAAAUCGAUUUGUAAAUAAAAGGUCAAAAAUCGGGAUGCCAACAUGAAGUUGUGUCAGAUCAUUGCCGAGGACACGUAGUUAUUAAACACACAGUUAUUUGAAAUGCAUUUCGUUUUACCUGUUCUAGGAGACAAAACUAAAAAAUCUUUCGUUAGAUGACCACGAUCACAUCAGUACUUGUUAGAACCAUUGUCAUCCCCGAUCAUUGUUUCAACAGACAUAGUCCGAGAUAAAAUUUACUCCGACGUCCAAUAGCUGUUUGCUAGACAAGAUGGGGGGCUGUUGCGGGGGCUGUUGUCCCACGGCCCCAGCUUGUCUGGCAAAACAGCCGUUGGACGUCAGAGUAAUCUCGGACUACAACAGACAUAGAUAUCUAGAGCUAUCUGUCUUGGAUGAAAUUAAUAUUAAAUUCACAUGAGUUUUUGAAAAAUGACAGAUUUAUCUUAUUUUAAUGAAAACUCCAUAUCCCCUUGUUAGUCUAUUGACAUGCAAUCAGAACUCUUUUGUAAGGGAAAAUUUAAGAGUUCCAACAUUCGAGACCAAAGUGGUGGUAUUGGAAUUGGCAUGCUUAUAAUAAUUAGGGAUGACGUGUUAUUGGUGCAACCACUUCCAGUUUGAAAUACAUUAAUUGCAGGUUUCAGGGGCAAAAGGAAAAAGUAUUUUGCUAAGUCAGAAUAAUGCAUGUGAAUGUGGUUAAAUGUAUUCUAAGGGAAUAGAUAUAGGAAGAUGUGGUAUGAGUGCCAAUGAGACAACUCUCCAUCCAAGUAACAAUUUAUAAAAGUAAACCAUUAUAGGUCAAGGUACGGCCUUCAACACGGAGCCUUGGCUCACACCGAACAGCAAGCUAUAAAAGGGCCCCAAAAAUUACUAGUGUAAAACCAUUCAAACGGGAAAACCAGCUGUCUAAUCUAUAUAAAAACGAGAAACGAGAAACACGUAUGAACCACAUAAACAGACGACAACUACUGUACAUCAGAUUCCUGACUUAGGACAGGUACAAACAUUUGCAGCGGAAUUAAAUGUUUUAAUACAUUGAGAUCUACAUGCAUAGCAAUAUAAUUAUCUUACUCAGAAUGUUGUUGAAAUAUUCACCUCACUCAUUAUGUUGAUCCUAUUAUUGAUAAAUAGUUCCAACUGGAUGUCAAGCAGCUAAUAAACACUGAUCAUUACCAUAUAAUGAAAACAACUAUAUCAAAAGAUAUUUAAUAUUUUUCAUAGGCAUUUUUUUGGAAUACAUACACAUAUUUUAAUUGUAUUCAACACAUUUCAUUUACCUAACUAACAUAAUUCCUCUUGCUAAACUGCAUCUGAUAUGCUUCCUUAAUAUAUACACAUGUAUGCAUUAAAAUGAAAAUUCACGCAGUCGAAGCUUAUUUGACGAAAAUAAUCGAAAUUAUACAAAACCAAAGCGAACCAAAAAGUUGGGUAUGGUACAGACUGUACUACAGGCACAAAUACAUCAAUUUAAAUAAUAUGCAUAAGAGCAUGUUUAUCCUCCUUUUUCUUACAAGUAACCCAGUUUUAACAUGUACAAAUAUUCUAAAUCGCACAAUUAAAAAAAAAUUAUACCGCUCGCUCCACUUGUAGAGCACCCGCCUCAACAAAACUCAUUUUCAAGAAAUAAAUACAAUCAAAAUAAUUUCGCUCGCUCGCCCCAUAUUUUUUGGAGCUUUUGUCCGAAGAACUAAAAAUCAAAUUGGUGUGGCCUAAGUAACUGAACUAUCUGAAAAAUAUUCUGAGCACCCUUAACGUUAAAUAUUUGACUGAACAGAAAUGUUAAAAAAAGUGUUGGCUAUAUAAAAACAAGUGUAUCUCGUCAGAAUUCACUUGAUAGAAAUAGAUAAAUAAAUUUAAAGUGUAAGAGAUGGUUAUCUUUGCCUCUUCUGGAAAUUAUUUAUGUAUAAGGUAUGAUUUAUUUGUAAUAACAGAUAAGUAACAGGAAAAUCUAUUGUUUCUUAUUUUAUAUACCAUUUUAUUACAUACAGUAUUACAUAUCUACAAUCUACCUCAUUUAAUUUAUUAUUUAUUUUUUAUUAUUUACAGUUUUAUUUAUUAGGCUUUUUACAAAUCUUUUUUUUUUUUAUUUUAUUUGAACACUCAGACACAGAUACAUGUGUAACAUGAGGUCAUUAAUAAUAGCAUUACAUAAACAUUACAGAGUAAACAUGUGGUAUCAAUAAUAUAGAUAUAGCAUAUAGUAGAUAUAACAAUAAUAUACAAAUAUGUUUUUCAACAUUUUCAGAACAUAUUUGCAAUGUUUUUGAUAAAAACAGAAAGUCGUUUAUACAGUUGUACAUUACAUAUUGAAAGCAGACCUUCCAUUUUUUUAUAAUUAGAAUUCACUGUGUAGUAGCUUGGUAGAAACUUUUCCCUUAAAACAACAAUAUUUUGAUCAGAACAUUUAAAUAACAAAUGAAAUUCAUCACCAAUAUUACUCCUAAAACAAAUAUAUAUCAUUAUUAGAGAAGGUAAAACUCUUAGCUCCUAGGUGAUGGAAAUUUCCUCUCCAGGCUGGCACUCAUGAACAUGAUAUCUCUGUUAUAUAACACCAAAUAUCAAUAGCGAUGGUUAAGUUAAACAUUCCAAAUUCAAUUCCAUUAUUCUCCCUCUUCAAAACUUAAAACUUUGAUUAAGCAUACAGUUGAUUGGAAGUUGCCUAGAUUUUUAAAUAAAAGCGUUUAUGUUUUGGCAAAUACCACAAAAGAGAGAGUAAAAAAGGCAUAUCCUUGGGCAUAUACCCAUGGAGACCAUAUGAUAUGAACAAUAUUCAUCUUAUAAAAGAAAUUUCAUGAAAAAAACAAACACUAGUUAUUAACCAAUCAAAAUUCAGUAUACAUGUGUAAGGUGUAAUUACGAUAAAAACAAUUUCAUUCAGUUCAAUCGGAAAAAAGAUCAGUUCCAAGUUACUAAAAUGUUGACACUAGUGUGGUGCCAAAUUUUAAAAUUUUAAUUAAUUACAUAAUUGAGAAAAUAAAAACGUCUUCCUGCUGACAAAAAGUAUGCUAUCACAACUAUGACAAAUAAGGGGGCCUAUUUCAUUAGUAUACUCUGAUCAUAUAACACCAUUCUGAUCAUAUUGAAAAAAAAAACCUUUCUGAUCAUAUAAAUACCAUCUGAUCAUACAAAUACCAUUUGGUCAUAUGAAACAAAAACAUUAUGUCUGACUAUAUAACAAAAAAAAAAUUAUCAGAAUAUAAUUUUAGUGAAAAUUUGACAUAUAUAGGCUUAUGACGUAGUUGUACAAAUCUAUAUUAUGUAUUUAAAAAAAAUAGUAACCAGUAACUACUAAACAGCAAAGAAAAUAAAUUAAGCAUUGAAAAACAAACAUCAUUCAAUGUAUAUAAAUUGAAUAAAAGAAUAUAACUUUAACAAGAUAAACUAAUGUCAUUUUAAAGGUAGUGUCUUUAUAAUCGUCAGAUAUUUUAUAUGGAAGAUAGAAUGGCGAUGGGUGAUAUUUGAUAAUAUUUUAAUGUAUCGAUAUAAAUCAGAAUGAAACAAAGUGUUGCUCAUAAUUGCUGAAAACUGAAAUUGAUUUGUAGAUUGAAAAAAAUGACUAUGGUGGACAGGAGGACAUCUAUAUGAAACAACAACCCAAAAUUAUAUCACUUGAACUGGGGUCAGGAAGGGGUAUUGCUUUUUUGCUAUAGUUUUCAAGGAUAUCAUUAAAAAAAUUCAGUAUGUAAUUCAUAAGCUAGCAAGUACAUGCUAAAUGGUUUUUUUUUUAGAAAAAACAAAAUUUUGUAUAAUUAAUUUGGCCUUGAAAUUUGGAUUGUUUUAUGGGAAUUUUUUGUAAAAGACCUCUUUUCUGCAUCAGUGGCAACUUUCCAUGAAUUAUGACUGAAGUAUGAUUUGAUUUUUAGUCUAUUUUAUGGGUGUUGUCAUUGCUUGCAUAUUCUGCAUUGUUCAAGUUGCAAAGCUGUUAUUCAUAGAUUAGUUUUUAAGUUGAAUGGUACUUGGUUUUCAAUUAUUUAAUCUAUGUAAAUGUUGAAUUGAUUAACAUAUAUUAGGUACUAAUAUUUAAUGGUUACAUUAUUUGCUUAGAGGUUAUAGCUUUUUCCUGGAAAUAGUAAAAAUGUUUAUAUCUUGGUAUAUAACAGCUGUAUUAGUGUGGAAUUUUUGACACAUAAGGGUAGGUACAUUCUUCCAUUAUGUAUAUACCAGGAGAAGCUAGAUUCAUGUAUUCUUGUAUCACCUUCUGAUUUCGAUUUUCGAUUCCAUAUAAAACACAGAAGGAUUAGUAUCUUCUUCAAUUACGUAUUUACCUUGAGAUUCUAGAUAUGUUACAGCUGUUGUUGUACUUGUGUGUUGUCAUUCAAUUUCAAUUUUCGAUUCCUCAUUAAAUACAAAAGGGUUGGGAUCUUCAUCCAUUGUGUAUACACUUUGAGGUGCCUAUAGAUGCACUUUAUAUUUUGAUAUAAUGUUAACUUCAUUGAUAGAUGAACAUAUAAAUUGUAUUUCUUAUUACUUUUGGAAAGAGGAAUUGCUAUCAGAAAUGAUUUUAGGAAGUUUUGACUAGAGCUUAGUCGACAUGAGUAGAGAUGUAAAAAGCUUGGUAGAUUGUAGAUAUGUAAUUCCUGGGUGCAGUGAGACAAAUAUUAGAUAUUUUUAUUUCUGUUUUGUUUGGAAGAUUUCUCUGUUCUUUCAGAAGAAAUUCUUAAGUUUUUGAUAAUUUGAUAAUAAACAUAUUUUAUGUGUUUUGUUUGGAAUAUUUCUCUGUUCUUUAAGAAGAAAUUCCUAAGUUUUUGAUAAUUUGAUAAUAAACAUGUUUUAUGUAAGACAAAUUUAAUUUAUUCAAGAUAGAAAUAUACUGUAUUGUAAACUUAUCAUAAAUGUAUAUAGCUUUCAGGGAUUUUUAUCAUAUUUCGUGUAAUGUCUUGUUUUAAUCAUGCUAUUGUUUCAGCAUGAUUAUAUUGUAAUGUAACUUCAGUCUUUUCCAUAACAUUUAAGUUUAACAUGAUUAUAUUUUUAUUCUAUAUUUAGUCUUGAAUUAUACAUUUAAUCAAUUAAUAAAUUACAAUUUAAAGACAAUGUAACAUCAUAUAGCAAAAUUGUCUGAAAGAGGUUGAAAUUCUUAUGAUAAAUCAUUUCAGAAAUUAGAGAUGUUUAAAUUUAUGAAAUAGUAUUAACUUAACAUCCCUUUACAUAUAUGGGUAAUUUUCAAAAAAUGUUCCAUUUUGAAAUUGCAAACUGAAUAAAAGUUAACCACCCUUUUAUGAGCAAAAUCAAAUUAAACAAUACUUUUGGAACAAUAUAUAAAAAAAUACAAUCUUAAUAAUGUCAAAAAAUAAUAUAUUGAAACAUUUUUGAUAGGUGAUGCAACGUUUUGUCUCUCCUGUUGCCACAUUCAAAAGGAGUUUUCAGCUCUUUAGAUAAAGUCUUGAUUUUCUUGGCCAUAUGGUAGUUUUCAAGAACAAAACUUAUUUAUAUUUUCUUUCUGUGUAUUGAUAGAUUGUUUGUCAAUUUCCCAUUUUGUACCAAAAAAUACCUGGAAAAAAAUGGUUUUCAGAUGUUAUUAAACAUUAGUCUGAGAUAGCAAUUCAUAAUGUUCAGUACUUUUUUUCUCUUUCUAAACCCAACAUCAAGUAAUUCCAUCGUAUGUUGUUUUACUUAUGUCAUUUUGUUUGUUAUAUCACCAUGCAUAAUAUGUUCUAUCCUGUUACCCAUUUUGUCUAUCCUGUUACCUACAGUAAUAUUGCAUUUUGUAUGUGCUAAAUUAUGAAGAGAAGGACCUUGAAACCUUUAAAUGAGUUCAAAUAACUAAACAUUUCAUUAUUUGUUAAAAAUAUGUUAUAUGGUUUUUGAAGACGUUUCAGUCAAAUAUUGUCUAUCACGUUACUGUAACGAUAGUAACAGGAUAGACAAAUUUUUUAAUGCUGUUGUGAAAUAACUGCUCCCUUUUAUGCAGUGAUAAUGUUUUUCUUCUGUGGUCUUGGUUUCCAACAUGUAAUUGCACUUUUUACAAGAAUAAUAUUGUUGUCAUUAAUAAAUUUAUUUGUAACAAGAUAAAAUGGUACACACUUAAUUUUUUUUCACUCAAUGUCUUGAAUUUUCUCUUCUCUACACUGUUAUGCAAGAAACAUCCUGCGUUCAAUUUUAAGAUGCUUUGUGCUUUUGAAAUCAUCACUGAAAAGUUCCAUAUUCAUAUGGAGAAACAAUUUAAUGGUUGAUCAAGUAUUGUAACAGGAUAGAUAUGCAUUUCACGAAUGCAGAUUGAAUUUAGUUUGUAGAAAAAAUAUUUAAAAAAUUUUACACUCUGAUUAGGGGAGGGUUGUUACAAACAUGUAACCCCUCCACAUUCUGUAUGCGCCUGUCCCAAGUAAGGAGCAUGUAAUUCAGGGGUAGUUGUUUCUUGCUGUAUAUCAUAUUUGUUUUUCAUCUAAUUUUUUUGUACAUAAAUCAAGGCCAUUAGUUAUCUCGUUUGAAUUGUCAUUUUGGGAAAUUUAUAGCUUACUAUGGGUUUAUUGCACUUUGUUUAAGGUCAUACGGUGGGUGACCUAUAGUUGAACUUCUACGUCAUUUGGUCUCUAGUGGAGAAUUCUCAUUGGCAAUUAUACUACAUCUUCUUAUUUCUAAAUUUAUAAAAAAUAUUGUUGAUUUGAAUAGGAGCAGAACUAUUUAUUUUCUUUUUUGCAUUAUUUUGCACCUUUAAUAUACCUAUAGAAAAAUGUUUAAAUGGUGAGAUGUAGUUUUGUUUACAAACAGCCUGACUUUGCAAUAAAAACUAUUUUGAAAGUUUUAUUUAUAUUUCAAAUUAUUUGAGAAUUAAAAUCUUGUUUUGUUUAUUUUAAUGAUUAUAACAAUGAGCUCUUCAACAGUCAAUUCCCUUGAAAGUAUAGGAUCCCUAAUUAUAUAACUAUAUGAAUAAUUGAUCACCAGUAAAAUAAAGUGAUGAUUAAAUGUAUAUAAUUACAAAUAAAACAUUGUAUAUGAUUUGAAUUUAUUAUAAAUUCUAUAUAAUAUCUAGGGCUAACAGAUAAACUUGUUAGUUUUAGACUGGAGCAGGAGUAACUUACCAUACACAUGUAUGUCAUGUUAAAAUGUGACAUGUUCGUGCUGAUAUAGUCAUAACAUGUCAUGAUCAUGAAUGAGCAAGAAAGAAGUUUUCAUUAAAGUAUUUCUACAGGACUCAGUGAUUUGUUGUUAAGUAUAGGAGUACAAGUCUUAUUGGAAUGAAUAAAGAGACUGUUUGUAUUUUAUUCCAUAUAAGCAUAUGAUAAAAUUAAUGGUUGCAGGAAACUACAGCAUGUGCUUUAUGUGAUUUAUUUGAAAGUUCACAACAACAAUUUUGUAUUGUGUUAGAAACUGGCAAAAUCAAUAAACUCGCAAAUGACUGAGGUCAUUGGGAGUAUUGGAUGCAGAGGAUCAUUGGAGUAUAGGAUGCAGAGGAUCAUUGGAGUAUAGGAUGCAGAGGAUCAUUGGAGUAUUGGAUGCAGUUAAAAUAAACAUUGUACAAUUAACAUUUAUAAAGUAAAAAAGAUUUGGAAGAAUAUUAGUUUAUUUAAUGCACUUGAUAAUGAAAAUAUAUACAAUAUAACAUUGAAAUGAUUUACUUUGUUGAUUAUAUAUAUAAAUGUUUGUGGUACAAAGAACCAAUACAAUUUGAAAUAAAUAUGUAUUAUAAAUAGUUAA